GUCUUUGCCUGUCUUGUCUGUCCGUCUUGUUGCCACUCUUCUCUUCCUGUUGGGGGUUAUUGAUUUGACCAGAUAGACCAACUGAUUCAUUGAUUGGUUCUGUCGCCCUUGUCUGUCCCCUCUCUUGGCCUUCCUUUCUCUUCUUGGCUCCAAUUCUCUUCGUUGGUAUAUACAACAACUACAUACUUUUACAUACACUCACUCACUCACCGGCUUGAGACGUUUUCUUCUUUUCUGCUCCCUCCUCCUCUCUUGGUGCAGUAACUGUACUAAACACAUACGUACUCCUCCCUCGACGGGCCUGUACAUAUAUACAUACCACACAUUACAACACACACACAUUCCAAAGAGCUCUUCUAAACUGGAAGCUCUCGAUUCGGCACGACUCGAUCCGACCAGAUAUACAGUACUCUUCUCCCUUUCCCCACGAGGCGGUAUCAGGAUAUCCACACACACACACACGCCCAACAUGAAUUUCACCAAGAAGUUUGACCGCGCCUUCCAGUGGGCUGGCGAGAAGAUGGGCAAUGAGGCCCGGACAGGAACCACAGACGAGUUCAAGAUGCUCGAGAUGGAGAUGGCCUUGCGAUUUGAUGGCAUGGUCAAGCUCCAGACCACCAUGAACGCCUACGUAAAGUGGCUCGCCCACCGCGAUAGUCUUCUCGGCGAAAAGGGUGUGCCAACUGCUGUUCUCAGCCGUACCAUGAUCACACACGGCGAAGAUUUCGACCCAGACUCCCAGUUCGGAAACUGUCUCAUAGAGAUGGGCCGUGCCAAUGACCAGGUUGCCCACUUCCAGGAGCAGUACGCCAACGAUGCCACCAGAUACUGGCUUGACUCCCUCGAGAGAUCCGUUGCCAUGAUGAAGGAGUACCAGGCUGCCCGCAAGAAGCUCGAGUCUCGCCGCCUCGCCCUCGACGCCUCCACAACCAAGAUGCAAAAGGCCAGGCGCGACGACUUCCGCCUCGAGGAAGAACUCCGCUCCGCAAAGGCGAAGUACGAGGAGACCAACGAGGAUGUCCUGCGCCGCAUGCAGGACAUCAAGGACGCUGAGGCCGACAGUAUCCGUGACCUGACCCGCUUCCUCGACGUCGAGCUCGACUACCAUGACCGUUGCGCCGAAGCCCUCCGCCAGACCCGCGCCACUUGGACUGCCGCCGCCCCCUCGCCCACCGAUCCAUACGCACGAAGCGGCAGCGAGAGGGACUACGGGAGCAUGCGCAGGCCCUCGGCCAGGAGCAGAUCCAACACCGCCCAGUCCUUUGGCAGGGUAAACAGUCGCACCGACUAUGGCGAGUACGACGAACCUGACGCCGUCCCUGCCCACCCUGCGCGGGCCCCCAUCCGCUCCCAAUCGCGCAUCAGUGUCAACAGCGCCGCAUCUGGUCAGGAGCCCGUGCCCCUACCGCGUCCUGGCAUCUCCAGGGCCAGCACCUACCAGAGCGAGAGGUCUCUCGGCGCCUCCCUGUCGCGGACCUCCACAGCGAGCACUCCGCUCAGUAUUGCGCCCCCGCCACAGCCCAGCAUCUCGUCCCUGCGCGGCCAGCUCCGGCCGACUGCGCGUACCUCGGCCAUGGAUGUCUUUGCUGCUACUGACGAUGAGGACACUACAAGCAGCGGCACGCCGCCCGGCAGCACCAGCCCCGCUACGAGCUAUGGUAGCUCCAGCCGUACGAACCUGAACAACUUCAACAACGCAAAUGUCACCCCUGUCGGCGUGAAGAAGGCACCGCCGCCUCCGCCCAGCAGGGCCAAGAAACCCGCCCCACCUGUGCCCAUCAGACGCCAAGCAGAGUGAGACAGAUGAAGAAGACCAGCGCGUUGAAGCAGCGGUGUGGAACUCUGUCGAGGAUUGUGAUAUUUUCUGGCAACAUCUGGUUCUGGCGCUCGGAGGGUGGCCAUUUAGAGGGCGGGUGGCUGGCGUUAUUGUGUUUCUGUAUUCUGGCGCCUUGAGCCCACUGGAUCUGGAUAACAGUGGCUAUGUGUUGACUUGUGCCAGAGUCGCGUCGGUGUUGUUUGCACAAAAAGGCACAGGCCCACGUAGGCAGAUACUAAGGAUAAAAAAAAUUGGAUACACUUGACCCUG